AUGGAAUCUGAAACGCUCACGAAGUACAAGUCAGCUGGUGAUAUUAUUCACAAGGUCGUGCAAAAGCUCAUCCCGCUCUGCGUUGAUGGCGCGAAGAUCCUGGAUAUUUGUGUGGCGGGCGACAAGGCAAUUGAUGACGAGCUCGCUGGCGUGUACAGCAAGGCAGUGAAGGGUGUGAAGGUGUCAAAGGGUGUGGCAUUCCCUACCUGCAUCUCCGUGAAUAACUGUGUUGCCCACUUCUCUCCUCUCGCAUCCGACCCUGUCACAUCUGCUGCAACCAUCUCAAAUGGUGAUGUCGUCAAAAUUCAACUAGGAGCUCAGAUCGACGGCUACGCUUCCAUUAGCGCAGAAACUCUGAUCGUUGGGGCAACAGCAGAAACUCCUGCAGAAGGAAAGAAGGCAGAUGCGGUGAAAGCUGCUUGGACUGCUGCUGAGGCUGCGAUGCGCUUAAUCAAGGCUGGGGAGAAGAAUUACACAGUGACGGAUACAGUUGGGAAGGUGGUGUCGGAGUUUGAUACAUUCGCUGUUGAGGGUAUGCUGUCCUGUCAGCAACUGCAAAAUUCAAUCGAAGGCAAGAAGAGAAUCAUUCUGAACCCGUCACCGGAGCAGCGUCGGUCGAACGAAGUGUGCACGUUCACAGAGGGCGAAGUGUACGGGAUGGAUAUCUUGGUUUCAUCUGGAGGGGAGGGCAAGACUCGCUCAGAGGAUGCCCGCGUGACCAUCUAUCUCCCUCAAGUCGAAGUUACCUACCAGCUGAAGAUGAAGAAUUCACGUACGAUCUUUUCCGAGAUCAAGCGAAAGGCUAGCUCUUUCCCAUUCAACCUGCGUAUUCUGGAGGACGAGAAGCGUGCGCGGAUGGGUAUCAGCGAGGCGGUUCAGCACGGCCUCCUGAGACCGUUGGAGGUUGUCUACACCCCAGCUGACACCUUCGUUGCUGGCUUCCACUUUACCAUUGCUCUCCUUGCUGGCGGCCCGGCGCUUCUCACGCACCCACCUGUGUGGUACUCUGCCGACAAACUCAAGACGGAGAAGGAAGUGAAAGAUGAGGCGAUGAAGGAGCUGCUGACGAGGAAGCUGCGGGAGAACAACAAGAAGAAGAACAGGAAGGCCGCGUCUGCUGACGAGGAGAAGGCUGAGGAUGCAGAAAAAGAAGAGGAAUAAAAAAAACUCUCAUAUGGAUCGAAUAGUACACUACUCUGUCUCGGACUAUAUAGCGACCAUCUUGUAACAAGAGACGGUUUUGUGUCCCAUUCGUCCUGUUUGGACCCAAAUGUGUCCACCUCCAUACCACAUCUGACCAUAUGUCAUCCUCACUUCUAGGCUAAUCACGGGUGUUGCACAACAAGCAGGCGUAUCGUGUCGCCAAAACCUUGAUGCGGGUGAUAUCGAUGCACCCAUACAUCAAAGUGAUUCCCUAGCCAACAGGUGCUGCCGCAGGGGCAACUUCAGGUGCAAAGGCUUCCAAAGUCCGUAGAACAAGAUCCAGAUUUUCCAAAUAGCUGUUGAUUACGAGGCGUGCCAAUCGCACCGUAAGAGUUGUGAAAGUUGCGAUUAGCUCGUUCCCCUCGAUCUCAAGCACACGUCUGACGACCUUCGGCUGGAGCUCCUUGUCUACAUCUAUAACCCGACGUGCUAUCUCUGCAUGCUCAGUAGAUGCGAAUGGUAUUCGUAUCGAC